AAUAACGGGCCUCUUGUUGACAAUUCCCGGACGAGGGUGCUUCGCCGAUUUGCUCCCCGUUCCCGGCUCCCCGCAACGCGGUUGCGCAGGCCCGCACAUGCAACCCGUGCAUGCAACCUGAGGGGCGCGGGAGUGCGGGACACCGGGUGCAGCGUGCGACCGGCCCACCGCCGUCCCCCUGACCUUCCUGUGACCUGUGUCCUGCAUUAGUCAUUACAACGCCACUUUAAUGGCAUACACUGUUGAGUCGUGUCCGUUUGGACUUCACGGCAACAAUUUGAAGCCGCAGCGGUGCAUCACGCGGUGGACGUCAGCUUUGUAUCAGUCGGGCGUCGGGUGCGGUUGAGAGAUUGGUGAUAGGCAUGCAGGCCAUGUAACACCUCGCAACUGUGCCGCUAUCAUACAGUGGACCUCCCUGUGCAUGCAUGGGCUUCUAAGACAAUGACGGCGGGUGCCAUAUGGAGCCCCGCUGGACUUGACGUGAGGCGACGGACGCCGCAGCGCCAUGUGCAUGCACCGGCACGCCGUACGUGUGUUCAGCCCGCGACUUGCACUUGCCGCCAGCUGUGGUGAAUGGUCCAAAGACGGUAUAGUAGGCAAGCCGGCCCUGGCAUUGAUAGUUAUUCCACACAAGCGCGGGCUCCUUCAUUUAUCCGGACCCUGAGUCCCGCUUGCCCGCGACUGUUUAGCAGCAUCGCCAAUAUAUAAGACGUAACCAUAUAGAGUUCGACCAAAGGGGCUUUCCCCCGUUGUUGCGUCGAAGGCCUAGGAAAUGGGAGACGUGAGCUACAUCGUGGACAGCCUUGGGCUACCGCCCUUCUCCUACCAGAUGUCGCUUCUAAGCUUCACGGAGAAGGGACCCCAGGAGCUGCUGCAGCUUCUCAGCGAUGUAUUCAGCACAAUCAGUCCAAAGCACCAGAAAGUGGACGUUGCGAAGGAAGUUCCGGACCAGACGGCGGACCGGCUUAUUGGCUUCCUGAAAAUCAUCAAGUACCGGCCCAACGUUCAGGACCCGCUGCUCUUCCGCCAGCUGGUGGCGGCGGGCGACCGUGAGACGCUGUACCAGAUCCUGCGAUGGGUGGUGCCGCAGGCGCAGCUGCUGGAGAAGCGCGCCUUUGUGGGCUACUACCUGAGCUUCCCCGAUAUGCCGGAGGAGUUCAACUUCGACCCGGACAUCAUGGAGCUAAAGGAGGAGAUUAAGGCCAUGCAGCAGGAGUUCAUUGAGCUGCACAAGAGCAGCGACGCCAUCAAAACCCUGUCUAAAGACACGCAGGCACUGAAGAACAAGAUCAAGUCGCUGGAGGAGGAGAAGGAGCGGCUAGGCGAGAAGGUGGAACGCGCCAAGGGGGCGGUGGACAAGCUACCGGACCGCAGCAGCUACAUGGAGGUGUGCACCAACCUGCGCAAGCAGCAGGACGAGGAGGUCAACCUGUCCACGGCCAUCCAGACGCAGCGCGCGCUGCAAGAGAAGGCGGAGGCGUCCUACCACCGCGCUGCGGCCCGCCUGCGCGAGCUGCAGACGUCGUACCAGGAGGGCUCGGCCGGCAAGCUGCUGGAGACGCUGAACGAGGACGUCAAGAACCUGCGCGCGCAGGUGAACGAGCGCUACCCCAAGGAGGUGGAGAAGCGGCAAAAGCGCCAGGCGGCGCUGUCGGAGGCGCUGGCGUCGGGCAUCAGCACCGAGAUGGACCUGCAGCGGCUGCAGCAUCAGGCCACCGCGCUGCACAACCAGAUCACCGAGAUCCAGGAGCGCAAAGUGGCGCAGGACAAGGCGCGCCAGGGCGACAAGGCCUACCUGCAGCUGCGUCAGGCGCAGCAGAUGGCCACGGUGUCGGCCCGCAAGAAGGAGGAGCUGGGCGCCAAGCAGGAGCGCCUGCAGGAGAAGAAGACGGCGCUGACGGCGCAGCUGGACAAGCUGAACGCCGAGGGCGGCGGCUCGGGCGCGGUGUUCAGCGAGGAGGAGUGGCGCACCAAGUAUGAGAGCAUGAAGAGCAAGCUCCCCAUCUACAAGAAGAUGAAGAAGGAGCUGGGCGACCUGGAGGCGGAGGUGUUUGUGCUGGCGCACACAGAGGAGCUGCUGGCGUCGCAGGAGGGCGGGCUGCUGGAGAAGGUCAAGCGGCUAGAGAAGCAGCAGGGCAUCUCGGGCUUCACGGAAACCGCCCAGCACCUGGAGAAGGUGUCGGAGGCGAAGAGCCAGAUGGACGAGGAGAAGGGCAUGACGCUGAUUGAGAUCAGCCGCACCGUGGAGGAGAUCAACAACGCCAUCAACCAGCGCAAGCAGCAGCUGGCGCCGCAGAUUAAGAAGUUGCGCUCUGUACGUCAGGACUUCGCGGAGUUUGAGGCCAAGUACCUGGAGAAGAAGACCGCGUACGACAACGUGGUGGCCACGUUCGAGGCGCGCACCUCGGCGCUGGAGGGCGAGGUGUCGGGGCUCAAAGCGGAGGUGUCGGAGAACGAGACCAAAUACCACAUGCUGCACUGCCAGCUGCACAUCACCGACCAGAACAUCAAGAAGGUCACCAGCGGGCCCGCGGCGGAGCGCCUGCGCGACAAGUACGAGGCCAAGGUGAAGGAGGCGGAGGACUCGACCAAGGCGCUGCGCGACCGCCAGCGCGAGAUUAAGGACACACACUCCACCGGCCUCAGCCAGAUUGAUAUCAUGAACGACAUGCUUCGCCUGCUGCAGCUCAAACUCAACCUCGCGCGCGGCAUCGCUGUGGACAUGAGCCAAUACGGCGGUGGCGGCGGCGCGGCCGGCGGCGCCAACGGCGGCAUGGCUGGCCAGACCUACGACACCGGCAGCGCCAACGUGCUGCAGCUCUAAGGCAGGAGUGCUGUGGUGACGGCCGGUGACAGCAGGUUUGCGCGUUCAGCUGAAGGGGUGGCAGGACGUUCUCAUCGAAGGGAGACGACGCUGACGCAGUCGUGGCGGUCGUUGGGAAGAGGGGCUCUUGCGCGGCAGGGCCUGUGAACCUGCAUGCCUGAUACGGCUGCCUAGAAGGGUUGUGGAGCAGGCGGCGUGUGCAUGAAAGUUUUAUACGGUAUUCGGAUGUGGUGGCGUGGCUUGGUCAUUGAGGUGGUUCGCAGGAACCGGCUGCGCAGCCCUGAAAGCGCCAGAGUGGGGAGCAAAGUGCAAGCCCCGCUGUGACUGGCUGCUGCAUAGGAGCUCGCUGUUGCAACGUGUUGGGAAGACAAGGGGCACUGCGAAGUGCUAUCUGCUUACCCAUGAAGGGAUGUGGCUUGCGCUGCUAGUAGCCAAGUGGUGUGGAUAUGAAAAGGUCGGAGUCAGCGAGCAAGCUUGUAUAUAUGGUUGCACCCCAAGUGUAACACAAGGACUGUUUGGGCGCGGGCCAGAGGCAGACACUUGUCUGGACGAAGCAGGAGACAGGGGUGGGCUGAAGUGCCAGAGCGUGCCCGCGUGGCACUCCGAAUGUAAGACGAGGCUGAC